GCUCUAGGGAGUUCUGAAGAACGAAUAGUUGGACGAGUACACGAGUACACAUCCUCACCAGCACUCAAGAGUACCAAAGUGACCUACUGCUUCCUUCUCCCGUACCGGAACCUCGGGAGGAGAACAUGUCAGUGCGUGGAAGACAUUGCAGAAAUUGAGGUCAUCAUCCACCUGAUGUUUCAGGCUCUUGCUUGCUUGUUCACAUACAUGGAGAAGGCGAGAAGCAUUCCCAAGUCGUGCAUCUUGCUCACUUUCUGGGCUUUGCUCUUCUUCAAGGGUUCCGUCUCUUUGUGGAGUCGUGUUCGUCACCUGCUUUAUGAUGUGAAUCUCUUUAUUUUGCACGAUGGAAUCGGAGGGUCCUUCGAAUUUUUUUCUUCCAUGAUUGAGUUUUUACUCAUCUCUGGUGAGCUUAUUCUCUACUGCUUCAUGCAAACCCCACCCACUUAUCCCAGGAAUACUUCCGUUUUUCAGAAUCGGUCUCCUGAGGGGCAAGCUUCUCUCUUCUCACGAAUUUGGUUUUCCUGGUGCACGGGGCUCAUAUGGCUCGGGUGGAAACGCCCACUCACUUUCGAAAUUCUCUGGGAUCUCAAUGUGGAAUAUACCUCACAGGGCAGUGUCGCAAGCUUCAAUAGGAACAUGAUGACUCGCAACGAAUCGCCGCCCUUUGGCAGACACGACAGGCUUCGCAAAUCCACUACUCCUCCAGUAAGACCCAUUUGCAUCUCAAAUUUCAUUCUCAACAAUAGCGGAGACUGGAGGAUGUCACAAGGUCUUCCUUUCCAGCCAGAUGAUCUCAUUCGUGCGCGGAGACGCUCCUCUAUGGCAGGGCUGCUUCUACGCACUCGGGAUGCUUCUCGCUGCCGUCCUGCAGGCGAUCUUCUAUUCAGCUUCCUUUCAGAAAUCCAAAAAUCUGAUUCAGUGGAUGCUCAUGGAUUUUCCCUUUUUUCCCAGUCUCUGCGUUUGUCACCAGCUGCUCGCAAGAAAUCCACGGUCGGGGAGAUGGUGAACUUGAUGUCCGUGGAUGCGAAAAGAUUUCUGGACAUUCCAUUCAAUUUGAGCAUGAUCCUCGCAUUACCCAUUCAACUUGGAAUCGCAUGCUAUCUUCUGUGGGCUUACCUAGGUCCCUCCGUCCUGACCGGAAUGGGAGUAAUCCUCAUCGCAAUUCCCUUCCAUGGUGUGAUUGCUUCUCGGCUCCAAAAACUCCAAGUCCAGCAAAUGAGAGAGAAGGACGAACGAGUGAAACUCAUGAAUGAAGUUCUUAACGGCAUCAAGGUGCUGAAGCUGUAUGCUUGGGAACUGCCGUUUCAGGAGCGCAUUAUGAAAAUUCGAGACGGAGAGAUCCAACUACUUCGAAAGCAAGCUUAUGUGGAAUCGAUUGGUUCAUUCCUUUGGAGCUUCAUUCCGUUUUUGGUAGGCCUGGUGUCUCUGGUUACCUUCGUGCUGAUCGAUUCAAGCCACGUCCUGGAUGCUUCCACUGCUUUUGUGUCGUUGAGCCUCUUGCGCAUCAUUCGGAUCCCUAUCGCACAUUUGCCACGCUUCACUUCGGAACUCGUUCAGACCAUGGUGUCCGUCAAGAGGAUAAACAGUUUCAUGAAUGCUAAUGAAUUGGAUCCCAGCAAUGUAUCACGUUCUCGAAAUCACACUACCGACGAACAUGCAGUCCUGAUCGAGAAUGGAACAUUGACCUGGUCACCCGAUGAGCCACCAGUGUUGACGGACCUUCACCUGAGAAUUCCAGUCGGGAAGUUGGUUGCAGUUGUUGGCCAAGUCGGUUCUGGAAAAUCCUCUUUACUUUCUGCCUUCCUUGGUGACAUGGAGAAGGUCUCUGGCCUUGUCAACGUAAUGGGGGAGGUGGCAUACGUCCCUCAGGAAGCAUGGAUUCGCAACGCAUCAGUCAAGGAUAACGUGAUAUUUGGGAAGACAUACAAAGAUUCAUUCUACAAGGCGAUUCUGUCGGCCUGUGCACUGGUACAAGAUCUGACAAUAUUGCCUGCGAGUGACAUGACUGAAAUAGGGGAAAAGGGCAUAAACCUAAGUGGAGGACAGAAGCAGAGAGUGAGUCUGGCCAGGGCAGUCUACAGUGAUGCAGAUGUUUACUUCAUGGAUGACCCUCUCAGUGCUGUUGACAGUCAUGUGGGAAAGCAUAUCUUCCAGCAUGUCAUCGGGCCGCAGGGACUUCUCAAGAACAAGGUUAAAGAAAGUGUUUUUGGUGUUAUUCCUGAGAAGACGCUGAAGAUCUCGCAGACGCGUGUACUCGUCACCCAUGGAAUAACCCACCUGCCACAAAUGGACCUCAUUAUCGUUAUGAAGGAAGGAAGAAUCACUGAGAUGGGGAGUUAUCAAGAGUUGGUCCAUGAGAAAGGAGCAUUCUCUGAAUUCAUCAUUCAGUUUAUUUCCCAAGAAGGAGACGAUUCAGGUCAGACGAUUCUUCCAUUCGAUGGAGUAGAUGAGCUAGAGAACAUCAAACGUGAAGUGGAGAAUGUCACAGGGCAAAAGAUUAUCAACAGGCAACGGGCAAAGAACCUGUCAAAGUUAUCCGAGGGUGCGAAUGGACUCCAUCCAAGGCAAGUGAAGUGGUUGGUGUACCUGUAUUUCCUGAAGAGCAUGGGCCUGUCGUUGUCUCUAGUCACGAUUCUCUUGCAUGGGAUCAGCGAGGCACUCAUAAUAAAUUCCAACAUUGCCCUAUCCAAAUGGGCCGAGAUGGCCUCCCUGAAUCAUACCACAGACACGUCACAAAGAAAUUCGUACAUCGCAGCGUACUCCGCUCUUGGAUUAUCCUACGCUGGUGUCUUCGCUUUGACUUCCUUCAUGCUAUCAGUUUUGAUUUGUGAGGCGGGGAGGGUACUUCACAAGAACUGUCUCCGAAAUGUCCUGAGGAACUCUCAGAAAUUCUUCGACACCAAUCCUGUGGGAAGGAUUCUGAACCGAUUCUCCCAAGACGUUUCGGUCGUUGACGAAGGCAUCGCUCCCUUCUUGAAAGACUCUCUGAUAUGUGCCUUCGAGGUAAACAAAAAGUUUGACCCAAGGCGUGGUGAACUUUUCACUUAUGAAAUGCUUUGGGAGUCGUCUGUUUCCUUGCAGGUCAUCGGCGCUGUUGUUAUUAUUAUUUACACCGUUCCAUGGUUCCUCGUUGCUCUCGUCCCAAUCGUUGCCGCUUACUACUUAGCCCAGGAUAUGUAUGUCUCCGCAUCCCGGCAACUGAAAAGGCUCGAAUCCGUAUGGCGAUCCACCAUAUAUUCCCAUUUUGGAGAGACCGUCAAUGGAAUCUCCUCCGUCCGAGCCUACAGACGAGAAGAAGAGUUUAUCCGAGAAUCAGAGGAAAGACUGGUUGAGAGUCCGACUAGAAGCACUUGGUGGCUUCAUAACAUUCGUGGCUUCCCUUCUCACUGUCUUUGGGAGAGGUUCAUUGAGCCCAAUCUUGACUGGCUUCUGCAUCACCUACGCCUUGUCUGUCGGUUUCUUAUUACAUCUCACAAGGGAACGAACAAUUCAAGGACGAAAACUUUCAAUUGGUUGGCUUUGAUGAUGGCCGAGGUAGAAACGAACAUCGUGGCGGUGGAGAGAAUCAAAGAAUACUGCGAGACUCCGUCUGAGGCUCCGUGGGAGAUCCCGGAGAGGAAACCGAAGAAAAAUUGGCCACAAGAAGGGAAUAUUUCCUUUCAAGAUUAUCAGACAAGGUAUCGAGAAGGUCUGGAACUUGUUCUAAAGGGAAUCUCAUUGGACAUCAAAGGAGGAGAAAAGAUUGGCCUUGUGGGUAGAACUGGAGCUGGGAAGUCUUCCCUCAUGCUGGGGCUUUUCCGUAUUAUUGAGAAGACCGGUGGGAAAAUCACAAUUGAUGGUAUCGAUAUCAGUCAAAUCGGACUACACGACUUACGCUCACAUCUCACAAUAAUCCCUCAGAGGCAACUCAUUUGCCUGACGAGAGCAUUGCUGAGAAAGAGCAGGAUCCUUGUCCUUGAUGAAGCAACAGCUUCUGUCGACCUAGAAACAGACGAACUCAUUCAAAAUACAAUUCGGAGAGAGUUCAAGAGCUGCACAGUUCUCACUAUCGCACACCGUAUGAACACCAUCAUGGAUUAUGAUAGGGUUCUGGUCUUGGACGGAGGAGAAAUGAAGGAAUUUGGAUCUCCGACAGAACUCCUCCGAGAUGCGAAGUCCAUUUUCGCGGCCCUAACUAGGGACGCCGGCAUCAAUAUGCUUCCG